AUGGGCACCAACCAGCCGCUGCUGAGGACAGGAAGAAAGUUGGACAUCAAACCAAACACUGUAGACGUUGGAAUGCCAUUGAAAUCGGAUAAGAAGAAGAGUAUCAGUAAUUUGAUUGCAAAACAUUUCGGAAGUAAUUGGCGAAAUGAUGAAGCCUUAUCAUUUUCCAAAAGUGCCUUCGAUGAACUUCCUCUCCCAUCCACUUCAACCUCACGAGAUGGUAAUGAGGCCAAUACAGAGUUAUUUUGUUUAGAAGAAACUUUAGAUUUUGAUAUUUAG